AUUUGUGCUUGGGAUUGCCCUUUGAUUUCCAGAGGGCAGACUGUGGCCAAUUUAGAGACCUGGCUGACAGAGUCCCCUGGAAGGUGGCCCUGAAAGACAAAGGAGUCCAGGGAGGUUGGACAUUCUUCAAGAAUGCAAUGUUAAAUGCACAGGAGCAGGCCAUUCCAAAGCACCAGUGGUGGAGCCACGGGGGGAAAAGGCCAUCCUGGCUGACCAGAGAGCUAUUUCUGGAACUUAGGAAGGAAAAGGGAGUUUAUGGACUUUGGAAAAAAGGGCAAGCAACACAGGAGGACUGUCAAGCUGUGGUCAGUCUGUGCAGGGAGAAAAUUAGCUGAUGAGGGUAAUGUUGUGGAUGUUGUUUACGUGGAUUUUAGUCAAGUAUUUGCCACCACCUCCCACAGUAUUCUCCUGGAGAAGCUGGCGGCUCAGGGCUCAGAUGGGCGUACGGCUCGCUGGCUGCAGAACUGGCUCAAAGGCUCCCAGGGAAUGGGGUUCAACUGGUGGCCAGUCACCUCUGGUGUUCCCUGGGGCUCAGUCCUGGGGCCAGUUUUGUUCCACAGUUUUAGCAGUGAUCGGGAGGAGGGGAUGGAGUGCUCCCUCACUAAGCUCACAGGUGACACCAAGGUAGGUGGCACUGUCAAACUCCUUGAGGGCAGGAAGGCUCUGCAAAGGGAUCUGGACAGGCUGGGUCAAUGGGCUGAGUCCAACCUCAAGACAUCCAACAAGGGCAAGUGCCGGGUGCUGUGCGUGGGUCCCAACAACUCUGUGCAGCGGCACAGGCCUGGGGAGGAGUGGCUGGGAAGUUGCCCAAGCAGAAAAGGGCUUCCCAGGGAAGUGGCGCUGGGGAGGAGCUUGGCUUCUCCUGUUUGUUAUUACAGGAUAAAGUUACUCUUUAAAGCAGAGCCAGCGCUGUCAGGGCUGCAUACCAUCCGGGAACAUCGCUUGUUCCCAGCGGCUCCGAUUCUCUUCUUGUGCUCGCUCCGAGCCACCACGCUCCCAGCCCCAGGCGCAGCGAGGGGGGCACGGAUGGGGGGAUCUGAGGAGGUGCUUGGAGGCUUCUCCUCCCACCCUGCGAGGGCUGAGAGCAAGGAAGACGGCCUCUCCAUGAGCAGGAGAGCUCUCCUGUCUCUGGGGUGCGUGGGGAAACAGAAACAAAAAAGCUAGAGCCGGGGGCAGUGGAAGGGCAGGAGCAGUGUGUCCUUGCUCAGCAUGCAGCUGGGAGGGCUGGUCCC